UGUUUGAUUCAGACUUCAUGUGUCUAAAGACAUGAGUGCCCAUGAAAUGAACCAUGAGAGUUAGUUUCAGUUGGCACAUUGCUCUAGAUCUGUCAGGUGCAUUGUGUAACUUGUACAUGUCUGCAUUGGUUUUAAAGGAACUUCUAGUGCGAAACGUGUUUGUAGUGAUCGGAGUGUGAAUAUGCACCCAAUAACUUGUGAUUGUGAAGAUGCUCCUAAACAGCACUGUCAUUGUCCAUGUUCCAUUUGCAACUUUAAACCAGUGUCAAGGACUACUGCACAUAGGCAUUUAUGUAACAUUGAUCAGGAACAUUUGGAUGCUAAUGCUUGCAGUUCUCUCAAUGAAAGUAGUGUACAGGAGGAUGAGAUAGCUGUGGCAUCUAAUGGGAGCAUUCCUUGUAGUGAUGCAAGUGAUACUGUUUCUGAUAUUGACAGUGAUGAAGAUAAACUUGAAAAUCCUGGUAGGUAUGAAACACUUCUGGAACUUUUGAGUUUAAAGGAUAAACACAAAAUGUCCAACAAAUGUUUUGAAGACAUUUUAAAAUGGUGCAACAGACAAAUACUUGAUGAGAGAUCACAACUACCUGAAUCGUGGUCUGUUUUACAUAAGGUUUUAGGAGAUGCUGGUUGUAUUCCACCGAGAGUUUACUACAUUUGCCUUCACGAAGAUCACCCAUGCCACUAUGACAUUUUGGAUAGUGACAUUGCAUUGUGCAGACACUGCGGUAGACCUGGUUCUGUGAAGUACUACUAUUUGAGUUUGAUCGGUAAAGUCAAAGCAUUGACUCAACAGAAAGCGAUGUGUGAGAAGAUGUUGGCACACUGGAAGGAACGUGAUCAUUGGCUUCAUUGUGACAGGAAUGAAUCGAAUAGAGACUCCUGGGGAUAUCCUUGUAAGAAGGAGGUUCACCAGUCAGCAGGCAGCUUACACCAAUCCAACAGGCUGCAAUUGAGAAGAUACUUAGCUCUGACGCUGAUCUGA